CACUACAUCUCCACAGACUGCAGCAUCAAAGAUCACUAUGAGUGAACUCAAAUUACCAAACGUCAUCAAAGUGGAUGGGGUAUGGCAGAUUGAAGGAAAGCCACGUGAAGACUUCAAGAUCCUCCAAACAUUCCACCCUUCCAACCUGCCCGGCAAAACGAUCGUCGUUGGAACCGUCGAGAUGUCCCCAGGUAGCGCGACUCCCUCUCACCGCCACGGUGGCGCAGCCAUCGUUGCUGUACCUAUCGAGGGUACUUCCUUGAACCAGAUGAACGGCAACGAACCCAUUACGUCCAGCGUCGGUGAAUUCUGGUACGAGGCGCCAGGGUGCCACCACCAGAGGAGCGAAUGUGUUGGUGAUAGGAAGGCGAAGUUUUUCGUGACGAUGAUCGUGGAUGAUGAGGUGAUUAAGGAUGGGUAUGGGAGUGUCUUUGUAUUGGACAAGGAGGUCGAGGCUGGGGAGAAGCCGCCAUCGAAGUAGCAGCUUUCUUCUGCUCCUAGUCAAGUGUCCGGAAUCACGGAAUGCAACACGGAUUCACAAUCAGGAUACUGGGCCUAGAACGCGUAAUUGAUUGUGACGAGGUAUCCUCCCAUAUUUGACAGUAGGAUUUCUUUGUGGGCUACUGACCACGCGAGGCUUACCCCUGUUCAAGUCGGAUUGGAGCAACAACGGCCACAUAUCAGGAAGGGUUCACAUAGACAUGAUCACGCCGUCCAGACUCCUUAGAAAACAACGUCUCAAACUGCCUAAUCACCAGUUUCGCCUCCAUCUUAUCCACCGG